GUCUAGCUGUCAGUUAUCUGUCAGGCUGUCAAAUGAAUUUGACACUUACAGUUUGAAAAAGCGUUAGUGACCGGCCGUUUCACGUUAUAAACAGCGUUAAAAUCGAAAAUGUCCUCUUUUCAUGGAUUUCCCGAAUUGCCGGGACCUAAUGAAACAGCCUUUUGUAAACUUAAUGAAGUGUAUUGCUGCGGGGACAGCACAUACGGAAAUAUUUCAACGUUUACCAACACGACUAAGAAACACCCAGUAAUAAACGUUACAAGAGAGAUACAUCACCAUCGUGCUACAGAUGAAAACGUUUCCAUGUACGUCGAUGUUGAAGACAAUUUACUCAAGAAAAUAACCAGUGUGUGGUACAACCAAGGGUUUCUAGAAGCUUUGAGCGUAGCCGCGGACCCCAGCGUCAAUCGAGAAAGCCCAGUACUGGCUUUGACCGCGUCAUACCUUUUAAAAGUUGCCAAUGUGUUCACUGCACUUCAUUAUUUCAUGCAACCACAUUUAAAGGAUAUUGGGCCUAAAAUCGUGGCAAAUUACUCGAAAACUAGGAACUGGGGGAGUGGUCCUAUAAAAUGCUUGGCAUGGCACCCUCAUACAACUAAAAUAGCAGUAGCGACUACUGAUGAUAAUAUAAGAGUGUAUUGUACUGAGGCAUCUUUUGUGCCGAUGUUGAAAUGUAAAGCACAAGUACAUGUGUCUUCGUUGAGUUGGAGGCCAUAUUCGGCGUCGGAGAUAGCUGUGGGGUGCGAGCAGGGAGUGAUUGUGUGGACGGUGGACCCAAAUUCUACAUUUACAAAGCCAUCUUCUAGUAAUGCAGUUGUUUUGAAACAGAGCAACCACAGUCCAGUAACAGACGUGAGCUGGUCGCCCAACGGUGACCUCCUCAUCAGCUGCAGCGGGGCCGACACAUCCAUGCUCAUAUGGGACGUUAGCAUGGAAACUGCAGUGCCGUUGAGACGAGUGGCCGGCGGGGGCAUAGUGUUCUCGCGAUGGUCGUUUGGUGGAAGCAAAGUCUUUGCUGCUACAUCAUCUAUUAUAUUUAGGGUGUGGGACUCCAAACAAUGGACCCCGGAGCGCUGGUGCGCCCGCGGCGGUCGCGUGGUGGCGGCUUGCUGGGGCCCCGGCGAUCUUCUACUGUUCGCUGCUAAGAGCGAACCUAUGGUGUAUGCGCUUAGCAGCACUGGUCUCAUGAAUGGCGCCCAAAACAUGAAAGCGUUACCAGUGUUGGACGUGACGAAGACCGAGCUACCAUCAGGGGACCCUGUAGGGGGUCCUAUCUUGGACAUGUGCUGGGACCCCUCGGGCCGAUACCUGGCCAUCAUGUUUGAGGAAUCAGCUCUCGUGGCCGUGUUCUACACUACUAAUAUUAUGAUGCAGCUUAAAAUUACACCAUGCUGUUUCGUAUGCGGCAUAGAAAACGAAGUGCCACUGACUAUGGCGUACCAACAUAAUUUCACCGACGGAGCCUGUCUGACGGUAGCUUGGUCUAGCGGCAGAGUACAGCACUUCCCUAUUGUGUACAGCGAUGGUUACUAGACUUACCUAACUAUCUACAACCAGGGGCCCGUUUCUGGAAAGGUACAAGCCUUGUAUUACAAGUGCGCGAACUGUCAAAUCGUAUGGGUUGUCAU